AUGGACUUACAAAACGGCUGUCUCCGGGAUAUAGAUCCUUCUGCUACCAACAUCAAGAGGGAGAUCAGUCGCUCAGAAGCUUCAACGAUCUAUGAAAUACAGCUAUAUUGCAGGACGUAUGCCAUGAAGCUCUUCCAUGACAACGGCGACCCAGGGUACACCAAAAAAGGUCGCGAUCUGAAUCGGUUUCGCUAUGAAUUAAACGCCUAUCAAAAGCUCCAUGAGUUUGGUGUUUGCGAUCGCGGCUUUGUUCUGGCUUUUUAUGGCUUUAUCGAUCGACAUGGUCCAUUGGCUUUUCAUCCACCAUUUCAACACAUUUCCAACGAUAGGUUCCAACCAAGGGUGAUUCUACUUGAGUACUUGCCAAGUGCAGAACGACUCAACUGUGUGAACUAUUCCGAACAUCUCUUUCACUACGCAGUUGAAGGCAUCAAAGAGAUCCAUGAUGCCCUGGUUCACCACCAUGACAUAUACCCGAAGAAUAUGCUUGUUGUCUCAGGUAAAAGGAUUUUGUGGAUUGACUUUGAUGUUGCGACAACUUUCAGCAAGAUGGGUCCUCGGGAAAAGGCCUAUUGUGAAUAUGAAACCGAACUCGUCAAGAGCUUUGGGAACCUUUUGAAUGCCGACCAGGCGGAGGGUCUUGCUCCCAACACAAAAUAUUACUGA